CACUGAGUAAAGACGUCGGUAACUUUCAGUGUUCAUUUGUAUUUUUAAAGCAUUCCAGUUGUGGGACAGAUUCUGUUCGUUCUCAAAUUUUUCAUCAUCUGGGAGUGCAGCUGCGUGGGGCUGCAGUAGCGUUUUGUAUUCAUGUAUAAAUCAAGGGUUUGAAGAAGGGAGGAAGUAAGUGUUUACUUUUUCAAGGAUUAAUAGAAACCAGGUGGACUCCACUUCUCUGGUUAUUUUCACUUCAAGACACACGGAAAGUAGGCUUGGCUACUACCUUAUUUGGACAUCAAAAGCCGCAGAUGUGUGCGAAAUAAACUGCAUGCUUUUGGACUCGAUAGUUUCUCCUCCUGUUGUUUACGGAGCUAAAACUCGGCAUGGGGCCGGCUGGAGCUUUCCUGUCAAAGCGCAGCGCCGUGUGAUCAUCGGCAGUCAUGAGGCUCCGCUACCCGGAGUGGUUUUAAUCUGGAGCCUCGCUUCCCCUGACGUGGAAAACCUUUGCCUGCUCCAGUCUCUGCGGUAUUCCUGGUUGUGAAACUGCGCCUGGAUGUUGGCGCACACUGAUCCAACUGAUUACAUUUAAUUUCCGGAGCGCGUUUGUGUUGGAAACUUGGAAACUAUGCUUGUUUUUAUGGAUUUACUCAUCUCAAAUUUUCUUUAUGAUGAAAUCGCUGACAUGGAUAUAGUUAUUUACUUUACUAAACAUUUUUAUCUGUUUUAAGUAGACACCCCAAAACGGUACUGGAGACCGUUUAAGCGUAGCAUGAAACUUGGGCAUCUAGUCGUCCCGCCGCUGCCUAACUUUCAGAAGUGCGCUUUUAGUCCAAAUACCUUUCCUAUCACUUUUUAACGGUUUCUCGCCGUGCGCUCGAGCGGGAUGCGGGGUCGAAGCCAACAUUCCAAAUGAUAUGCCGCUUGUCCGGAACCUUCAAAGCUGCAAGAGAAGCGGGGAUGUUCUGUCGGCAGCUUUGGACGCUCCGCCGUCGCUGUUGUCCGCGUUCAGUGCUGCUCGUAGGAGUUGCGUUAUGCCUCGUCUACCAGACCCUGGCGGUCGCCCGGAGUCGGUUGAAGGCUAGCCCUACCGUCUCUACCCUGCCGAACAAGUCAACGGAGCCUGUCGAACAGUUUGGGCAGUUAUUGAUCAAACACCCAGAGCGCCUUAAUUCUGUGAUUGGAGCUUUGAAAAACGAAUCAUCAAAUGUCCAGCUGAGCCCGUCGGGGAGUGGCAGGAAGGCGGUGGUGCUGAUUGGUCAGCGCGUCGCCGCGGAUACGGAGGUGCAGCUGUACCUGCGGGUCCUGCAGGAGCAAGGCUACGCAGUCAGGGUUUGGCGCUACGCGGAGGCCAGCGCUGCUCUGCGGCGGGACGUGGGCGCUCCAGGUGGCAGUGACUGGGCGCUGCUGCUGUGUGUGCCGGGCGGGUCUGAGAGGGUCUGCAGCAGCAGGGCGGAGUCUCCGCUCCUCCAGCCUCAUCAGAGGGUGAGCGUCAUACCUGAGCUGGACCGGGCGUUCUCUCACCUGGCCGGGCUCUGCCGCUUCCAGAGCGACAGCAGGCUGUCAGGACUUGAAUUUCCCAUCAUUCCCUCUGCCUGUGAGCAGCGGAGAGACGGCGGAAGCCCAGCCACACCGCAGUGGACCCCACCCCACCCUCCCCUGGGCCUCGCCGCGGGACGCGGGUUCGUUGCCAUGGUGAAAGUGUACGUCCUCGUCACCUCGGUGACGCCCCUCACGGCCUUCCUCCACCCCACCGGCCUGGUCAGGACGGACCUCUCCAGCAGCGGCUACGUCUCCAAGCUCCAGCCCUUCCUCAUGAAGCACCUGGGAGCCGACGCCCCUCUGGCCCUCGCCAGCGUCAGGGAGGCGGUGGGUGGAGUCCUCCUGGCUGCCACGGCGACCGUCUCAGCAUCCCAGCCCCGAAGCAGGUGCGUCCUCUGUUUCCAGCUGCUGACGUUCACCCUGCACUUCAACGGCUCUCUGCUCCCCGAGAUCGUCCAGGUGCAGAAGGACUUGCACUUCGAGGAUCUGGAGGACCCAGACUUUGAAGGCCAGAUAACCAAAGAGCUCAUUCUAGAAGACGCUCUCAAGUUCCUGCUUCCUCCGACCACAGAAAACCCCGACCUAACGAAGCUCUUCUCUGAGUCAGGCACUCCGAUUGGAGAGAAGUACGGUGGCUGUGUGGGGACAAACGGAGCCUGUCUGCCUCCUGGUGAGGCACAUCUGCUCCUCCAGUUUGCACACCAGUUGAGAACGGGGGGGCCCUUUAAACUGCUCUACCCCGCGACCUCUCCUGGCCUCACCGCCCUCCAGCACCAUCUCUCCCAGAGGUUCCGCACCGCAGGGAAUUCUGGGACAGGAGUCCUCCUGGCGGGGCUGUUGAGCUGGGUCCUCAACCAGACAGGGAUGGGUGAUCCAGAGGGACCCAGAGGAGGCACUUCAGCAGAAGGUUCCCCAAAUUCCCUGUUAGAGAAGUAUUACUCACAGCGGUCAGACUGUGGUCACGACAGGUGCUCGGACCCCCACCUGCGGCAGGUGUACACAGACCCCCCGCUGGCCCUCAGCCCCCCGUUCAGCCCCGGGGUGAGGGAGUACCAGGCCGAGGUGCCCUUCGACACGGUCACCGUGAGGAUCAGGGCGGAGCCUGUGGACUGCAGCUGCCAGGUGCACCUGGACGAGCGCAGGGGGCCCAGAAUGGCUAACUACCCCGUGGGGCUGGGCAGCAGCAGGAUCAGUAUCCUGGUGACGGACGAGUCGGAGGCGGAGCCUGUCAUCAUGACGAUCUACACGCUCAGCAUCUACCGGCAGACCCGGCCCAGCCUGCCCAUGUUCAGCGAGCACGUCACCUGCGGCUUCCAGCAGGACUGUGGGCUGCUGGUCCAGCCCGACCGCCCCUGCGGUUUGGAGCCUCUCUCUGGGACACCAUCUCCAGGCGAGCCCCAGGUUUAUGAUCGGGCCUGUUCUUCAGGGGAUGCUCCAGGCCGGUGGGUGGUUCCUUGUCUCAGUUGCUCUGACAACCGUACCUGUGACUGGCGGGAGGUAUCCUGGCAACCCUACGGCUGCCGCCACCCGGUGCUGACCCGGCCGCAGCUGCAGAGCUGCUUGAUGGACAGGAAGGUCCUCUUCAUUGGCGACUCCACCAACCGCGGGAUGAUGUACUACCUGAUGGAGCGAGUCAACGCCACGCUGCAGGACUGGGACAAGGCCCACGACACCAUCGUCUACCACAACGUCAACCAGGGCCACACCCUCAUCAGCUACUCCUACUACCCCCAGUUCUGGCUGGAGAAGGCCCGGAGGCCCACCUUCAAGAGGGCCCUGGAGCUGCUCAUAGAGAGGUCCCGCCCCCUGGAGGACUCCGCCCAGACGGUGCUGGUUGCCGGGGGCGUCCAGUGGCUGAACACCAAUCACCUGACCAUCCUGCACCAGGUGCUCAAGAGGGAAAACCUGCUCAACAUCCUGGUGGUGGUAAAGUCUCUGGGAAUGGGCUUUCAUCUUCCGGUGGAUGGGAUUCGCUCACUGUCCCUCCGUGGAGUGCAGGAUCUUUACAGCGUGAACGAGAACAUUCUCACAGCUGCAAAGCACUAUGGGUAUGAGGUCAUUGACACCUUCCGCAUCACAAUGGGGCGCUACAAAGAGUUCCUGCAGGGGAAGUGUGCCUGCCAUUUCCAUGAGGUUGGGAGGCCGGCGUCCUCCCCAGCGCCGCUGCACAGACAGAUGAAGCUGUUUGGGCAGGGGGAGGAGGGCGGAACCGGCCCCAGCACGGCCGGGCCUCAGCAGGACCAGCGGCCCGGACCCGGACCCGGCUCGCCCUACCACGUGCACGGCCCUGUAAACCAGGUUUACUCUGAGAUCCUGCUCAGCCGCCUGUGCGCCAGCCCGAGAAACAGCACCCUGCGGCCUCACUGACAGCCUACGCACCGCGCUGUGUGAGAGUGUGAGAGUGUGAGAGUGUGAGAGUGUGAGAGUGUGAGAGUGUGAGAGUGUGAGAGUGUGAGAGUGUGAGAGUGUGAGAGUGUGAGAGUGUGCGAGAGUGCGAGAGUGAGUGUAUUACUUCCAUUAUCCAGUCAACCUAUGGGGAGGGAGGAGCCAAAAAUGAUUGGGGGGAACUGAUCGUGACUCGGCUGAAAGAGGACCUUUACGGCACUGCUCUGCAAACACUUUAGCAAGAGUGUGAGACCAUCCCGCCAAACUUCACCAGCCAUUCCCGCCAAUCAUCACCAGAUAUAACCACCAACAUCACCGCCAAUCAUCACCAGAUAUAACCGCCAACAUCACCGCCAAUCAUCACCAGAUAUAACCACCAACAUCACCGCCAAUCAUCACCAGAUGUAACCGCCAACAUCACCGCCAAUCAUCACCAGAUAUAACCGCCAACAUCACCGCCAAUCCUGCCAAACACCACCCGCCACCAUCAGCGUUAUUGCACGUGCUGGUCCAGCCGGUCAGUUAGGUAGUGUUGCCAUGGAGAUGGGACAGUGUUCUUAAACCCAGUGAUAGUGAGAGGCUUCUGGGAACUGUGACGGGUGCAGUAAUUUAGCACAACCCAGGAGCAUAUAUGAUCUCUACAGCUAAUCCCUGGGAAUUUUAUUUUGACAAUGGGGGGCGGCUAUACACAAUGAAGAUGUAUGGGGAGAAAAGCUAACGCUAGGUCUAUUGCCGUAUGUUACCUUAUAGCUGUUACAGCAUCCCAAAAAAAAAAAAAACGUUUUGGGGGCGUCGUGCGAACUUGGUACACGCGCACUACGGAGGCUUUCGAUGCCAAAAGCGCUUCUCAGAGCCGUUUUUCCAGUGUGAAAGAGGACUUUCACAGACACGCUGCACACGUCUGGUGAAAUCCGCUCCUUUAAACCCCGCAUACCUCAAUCUUUCGCGUACGUUUCUCAUGUAUUCCAAACCAAAGGUCUUUCUGCUAAUUUUUUUAUACUGUCAUACAAAUGUCUUAUCGUGCCUCUAUAUAAUAAUUUUACAUUUGUAUAUAUUUUUAUACAGAUUAAUGUGCCUUUGUUAAUGCUCAGAGUAAAAUAUGUUUACAGAACGGUUAAUUGUAUGUACGUGUUUAUAUGUUCUAUCGGUUGCUGCAUGGUAAAGAUUAUAGAGUUGAGGUCAUUGGGCUCAGUCCAGGAAUUGGUUGUAUAAAUAAUUUUAUUUUUACAUAAGUAUAUUGAAAUGAACAUCCAGGAAGUCAAUUGUGUGUCAGAGUGUAAAGAGAGAGACUUUUAAAUCUGGAUUUGACCCCAUCCCUUUGUGUUGUGUGUAGACACGGGGCGUGAGUGACAUUUCGUAUUGAAAAUUAAUAUUCCGACAGAUGCAAAGUGAUUUUUCCAGCAGUAUGAAUGGUAUCGUAAUGGUUCCGUUGCUCUAGACGUAGUCGGUUAAUAUUUCAGUCGAUCUGGCUUCGGCUCAUAACUGAAAUUCCACAUGCCGUUUUGAAGUCGCUUUUCAUUUCAAUGUGAUCAUAUGUGCGCGUUAUACCAUAUAAAACAGGAAAUAUAUUCGGCAGCUUAUGUUUUGAUCUGUAAAACAUGCGUAAUAUGUCCAUGUAGCUCUACAUGCUUACAUUAAAAUGUAUAUUUUCCUAUG